AUGGCAGCACCACAAACUAAUGAUUUUCAAAAGGAUAUGAUCGAUGUAUUAGAAACGAUCACAAUCACCAACAUGUUUUCGUAUGCGCAUGGGUAUUCCACAGCAUUAGAGAUAUGCAUGAACAUGUAUUGUAGUUCACCACCAUUCUCUCAAUGGGUUGAAGUAGAGGGUAUCGGUCGAGUGACAGACUAUAUGCGGUUACUGCUAAAAUGUGCAAACCAAAUGUGGCUGUCCCCUCACAGAGACCAAAACCACUCAGAGGUAUUCGAGUUGCUCACUUACUUUAAGUCGUUUUGUGAGGCAUAUCCCAAUUUGGUUAAGCAUGACCAAAACGAUAUACACUUAAUCCUUUUCCUUUGUGCAAUGAAGCUUGGUCGUUACAAUAUCGCUAUUCACUAUAGCCAACUGAUCUAUCAAGAAUUACUAUCACAAAAUGAUUGGGUUGUCAAGGCAUUAGAGUCUGAUCAAUGGUUUUCAUUUGGAAAUGGUGGUUCAAAUUGGGAAAAUAUAGUAGAAACUAUCAAAUCACUGUUUCAGUUGUUGUUGGUGGAAUGGGAUGUAUUCGAUGCUAGUUGGUGUUCAAAAGACAGAAACGAGAUCAAUGAAGUUGCCAAUUCAGUAUUAAAGAAAAUUAGGAUGUUAUUGGGAAUAGAAAGACAACUACAACAACAACAACAACAACAACAAGAGAUUUUAGGAAAAGAGCAAAGAGCCAUUUUAUCUCAAAUGGAUGGACUAGUGAGGUUAAUAUUGAUGCAAGAGAUGGACGAAAUUAAUAAUAGGUUCAUAAAUAUUUGUUUGAUAAGUGUUGUUUGUGUGAAUAGCACCACUCGUCAGUCCUACACUUUCCAAAGAUUUCUUCAAAUGGUUGACAAGUUGGAAUCAAAUACACAAAAGGUAGAACAACUAGUAAAAGCAUCAGGAUUUGUUUUUGUAUAUAAAGCGAUUGACCUAUCAUUGAAGGGAAUGGUUAAGGCCUACAACAUCAUUAAACAAGAUCAUCUACAAUAUCGCCCCACAGACAGUCGGCUGAUCGAGAUCCUUCCUCAACUCAUUGAAUACACAACGUUCAAAAUCCAACAACAAGUAUACACUAUUUCUCAAGCCGAGGUAUCUUCUCUCCAGAAUCAAAUAGCUCAGUACCACCAAGAGAUGACAGAUGUCCUGCGUUGGUCUACACAUCCAAAACGACAUUUCUUCCAUUUUCGUGCGUCGGUCUACACCCUAGACCUAUUAAAAUCGAUCGAUCUUGCUCUAGGCCUGUUCGAAGAGGUUGAAAGCAGUCAAACUCCUCUGAGCAGAGAGGAAAUAGUAAAGUUGAUUAUGAUCACACCUGUCUGUAAUCUGCAUGACAAAAUGGAUAAACUAUUUGGUUUUCUCAAACGAUUGGCUCCAAUCUAUUCCGAUAUUCCAAUUUGGCGUUUCGCCGAAGAAGAGGCUACACUUUACCUUAAUACGAGCCAUUAUGAAAAGGCAAGAACAUGUGCACAAAAAAUGAUAAACAACCUCGAUCCACAAGAGCGCAACGAGCAGCUAUUCGGUGCCUACAAAAUCAUGUUUGGUGUCCACUUGUUCCAUGAAGAGAUAGAUGAAGCAAAAAAGUUGGCUCCCGAAAUUAAACGUCUCGAGCAACUCAUCAACCAAUCAAAAGAAAAAGACAUACAAACAUACGAAUACAUAUCCAAUCGUUCCUCGGACCCCAAACAGUUAUUCAACAAGCCUCCUUCUAACGAGGAAGAGUGUCGGAAACGAUUAGAAUUAAAUCUAAACGAAACUCCCUAUGAAAGAGCUCACAUUCGUACUACAUUGUUAUCUAUUCUAGUAAAAACUCGCCCAAUAGAAGAAGUUGAAAAGUUUAUCACCACAGUCACUGACUUUCCUCACAGCUCACAACUAGAGAUCAAGUUAUAUAAGGGUAAUCCAGAUUUCCCUUUAAUACUCGUUAAAGUCUCCAUAUCACUCAUUCAUAAAGGAGAGUACCAACGAGCUGCAAAUUUUCUUUUGGAAAGCAGAAAAAAUAUACUGUCUCACCUUGGUGAUUCAAUCUAUGACAAACAAGGAAAAAAACUGAUGAGCAUCACAGACAUGAUCACAACAUUUUUUUCUGAGUUGGAAUAUUGUCAAUUAAAGUUGGGUCAGAAAACAGAAGCACUAUUAUCUUUUGAUGAAAGAAGAUCAAUGACUAUGUGUCGCACACUCGCCAAUCGAUUUAAUCUCAACACAAAAGACAACAACAACAACAACAACAACAACAACAACAACAACAACAACAACAGCAAACUUCUUCUCUCGAUUGAUGAAAUGAAAAAACUAUCAUCAACAACCAACUCUACAUUUAUUGUCUACGUUGCUGAUCAUUGUUAUGUCAUUGAUAAUGAAAAAAUCAAUAUCAAACAAUUACAAAUCCAAUUUAAAAUCAUUUCUGAUUUCUCGCAUCCAAUUCUUAGUUCAGAAUUAUCGCAUAUCCCCGAACAAAAAACAACUAUUAUUAAUAAUAUUCCAAGUAAUAAUUUAGAGAUAAUUAAUAAUGAAAAACAAAAGAAAGAAUCAACUGUAGGUGGAGGAGUAUCAGAUAAUGGAUUAAAAAUUCAACCAAAAUCAACCAGACAACAAAAAGAAGAAGAGGAAGAAAAUGAAGAUGAAGAAGGAGAUGAAAGCGAUGAUGAAAUUGAAAUUCAAGAAUAUUAUACAUUUAGAUCAUCAACCAUUUCAUAUCGAACAACAAAGGAAGAAUUGGUUGAUAAAUUAAAACUAUGGUAUAAUGAAUUAAUCGAACCAAUCGAAGAGUAUUUACCUUCUUCUUCUUCAAACGACAGAACAUUGGUCUUUGUUCCCAAUGAAAAUUUGGCCAAUGUUCCAUUUUCUGCAUUGAUCGAUAGAAAUGGUCAAUAUCUUGUCGAAAGAUUCCCAAUAUCCACCACACCAUCAUUAUCAUUAUUAAAUACUUUAUCUCAAUUACCACAUUCAAAUAAUAAUAGAGAAAAUAAUAAUAAUAAUAAUAAUAAUAAUAAUAAUAAUAAUUAUCAUCAAAACAAUAAUAAUGUAUUAUUAGUUGGUAAUCCAAUUGGAAGUGGAUUAGAUUUUACAGAGGUAGAGGUGAAUAAGUGUCAACAACUAUUCCAACAAUCUGAAUACACUUGUCAUACUUUAAUUCGAAAAAAUGCAACUCUACAAAAGGUUCAAUCUAUUUUAGAGAAUACAAGAUUUAAACACAUCCACUUUGCAUGUCAUGGUGGACCCAAUGGAAAGAAGAUAUUUUCAUCAUUCAAAGGAUCAUUAGUAUUGUGCCAACGCAAAAAUGGCAAACCAGCCAAACUAUACUCAGAAGACAUUAUACAACUUGCCAAUGGAAUCCAAUCAGAUACAGUAGUUCUAAGUAGCUGUCACUCUGGUAAAGGAAACAACAAACAACAAGGUCUCAUUGGAUUGGUUUGGUCAUUACAUUGUGCAGGUGCUCUAUCGGUUGUCGCCAGUCAUUGGGAGUUACCAGAGAAUGGCCUAACAGUACGAAUGAUCGAGUGUUUCUACUCCAGUUUGAUCAACUCUAAACUAAACAAAGCACAAUCACUCAGACAAGCACAACUAAUUGCAAUCAAUCAAGAUCGUUAUGACCCGAGAUCAUGGGCACCUUUAUUUCUAUCUGGUUUAAAUUAA